AUGCUGUUGCUGUGGUUGUCAGUGGUAGCAUCUUCGGGGCUAGCUUGGCCGGUCCCCGGAACCCAAGGGCAGAGAGAACUAGUAGGUCCAGCAUCUUGGCGGGCGCCUAACGUGGUGCUGGUCGUCAGCGAUUCCUUCGAUGGAAGACUCACAUUUCAUCCAGGAAGUCAGGUAGUGAAACUUCCUUUUAUCAACUUCAUGAAAGCUCAUGGCACUACCUUUCUCAAUGCGUACACAAACUCUCCAAUUUGCUGUCCUUCACGAGCAGCAAUGUGGAGUGGCCUCUUCAUUCACUUAACACAAUCUUGGAAUAAUUUUAAGGGCCUAGAUCCAAAUUAUACAACAUGGAUGGAUGUCAUGGAGAAGCAUGGCUACCGAACACAAAAAUUUGGCAAACUGGAUUAUACUUCAGGACACCAUUCCCUUAGCAAUCGUGUAGAAGCAUGGACAAGGGAUGUUGCUUUCUUACUCAGACAAGAAGGCAGGCCUAUGGUUAACCUUAUCCCUAACAAGACGAAAGUACGAGUGAUGCAAGAGGACUGGACAAAUACGGACAAAGCAGCAAAUUGGUUAAAAACAGAAGCCAUUAAUUAUACUAAACCAUUUGUUCUUUACUUGGGAUUAAAUUUGCCACACCCUUACCCUUCACCAUCUUCAGGAGAAAAUUUUGGAUCUUCAACUUUUCAUACAUCUCUUUACUGGCUUGAAAAAGUAUCUGAUAAUGCCAUCAAAAUCCCAAAGUGGUCUACUGUAUCAGAAAUGCACCCUAUAGAUUACUACUCUUCUUAUACAAAAAACUGCACUGGGAAGUUUACCAAAAAAGAAAUUAAGAGUAUUAGAGCAUUUUAUUAUGCUAUGUGUGCUGAAACAGAUGCCAUGCUUGGUGAACUGAUUUUGGCCCUUCGCCAGUCAGAUCUUCUUCAGAAAACAAUUGUCAUAUUCACCUCAGACCAUGGAGAAUUGGCCAUGGAACAUCGGCAGUUUUAUAAAAUGAGUAUGUAUGAAGCCAGUGCCCAUGUUCCACUUUUGAUGAUGGGGCCAGGAAUUGAAACCAAUCUCCAAGUGUCAAAUGUGGUUUCACUUGUGGAUAUUUAUCCUACUAUGCUUGAUAUUGCUGGAAUUUCUCUGCCUCAGAACUUGAGUGGAUACUCUUUGUUGCCAUUAUCAUCAGAAACAUUUAAGAAUGAACACAAUUUCACUUACGUACGUCCAUCCUGGAUCCUGAGUGAAUUCCAUGGAUGUAAUGUCAAUGCGUCUACCUACAUGCUUCGAACUAAUCAGUGGAAAUAUAUAGCCUACUCUGAUGGUGCUUCCGUGUUGCCUCAACUCUUUGAUCUCUCCGUGGAUCCAGACGAACUAACAAAUAUUGCUACAAAAUUCCCAAACAUCACUUAUUCUUUGGAUCAGAAGCUUCGUUCCAUUAUAAACUACCCUAAAGUUUCUGCUUCUGUCCACCAAUAUAAUAAAGAGCAAUUUAUUAACUGGAAACAAAGUAUAGGGCAAAACUAUUCAAAUGUUAUAGCAAAUCUUAGGUGGCAUCAGGACUGGCUGAAAGAACCAAGGAAAUAUGAAAGUUCAAUUAAUCAGUGGCUUAAAAACUGACAAUAAUCCAAACAAAAGUAACGAAAUACUGUUCUAGGGCUACUUAUUAGUAUGUCAAGUGAUAUCAUCAAUAAUGUUUUUAAUAUAUUAUAGUUUUAACAUUACUGAGCU